UCGCCAGAGUUGCCAGCGAACUUUAGCACGGCCUCGCGGGCUGAUACAACGGAGCGGCAUGAGAUGCCGCAGGAGGGGACUUUUCUGGUCAACCUUCAAAAGCUUGAUGGUGACGACAUCGGCUUAGAGUUCGACACUAUGGACUCGAAGGUCUUGCUCGUCAGCCAAGUACGUAGAAGUGGCCUCGCCACUCGCUGGAAUGCCACAGCUUCGGAGGAGUCGCAGAUUCGGCAGUUUGAUCGGCUGCUGGAAGUCAAUGGCUGCGGCCUCCUUCCAUCGGCGGACCUUGUGGACAUGUUGCAGGAAUGCGAUGUCAACAUCCAGCUGCGAUUUGAGCAUCCAGACGUCAGAGAAUUUAGCAUCACCCCUGACGGCCGUAAGCUUGGCCUUGGGCUUGAGAUGAGCAAGAUGACACCUAGUUUGCGAGUCAGGAAGUUGGACCCGGCAGGUGCGGUACAUCUGAGAUGUUCAGAGGACAAUGCACCGCACAUGAAGCCCCAUGACAGGAUAGUCCAGGUGAAUGAGGAGAGUGACAACGUGGCGCGAAUGGCUAAACAAAUGGUGAGCCGUGAGGUCAGCUUCAAAAUUUACCGGUAUACACUGGAGACGGAGAGCUCCGUGAUACAAGCAAUCUGA